AUGCUGAUCGUUGAGGAAAAUUUUCCCUUUAUCGACAUUCAUCAACUGGUUCGCUGCAUCAUUUCGAACGAAUCUUCCCCAAAUGGAACCGUUUUGGGCAAUUUCUUGCUUCUUGAUGUGAAUGACAGAGAAAUGUACAACAAUCAACAUAUCAUUACAGCCGAACAUUACAACAAAUUGUUGAUCGCUCGCCUCAAUUAUGAAAGUGAAAUCUUGGCAAAAGCGAGAAAAGAGGAGAAAACAUUGGUAAUCUACGGGAAUGGAGCCUCCAAUGUGACAUCGACACUAUUCCAGAGAGGAUUUCGGGCAAUUCUAUUGAAUGGAGAUAUAUCAACCUUCAAAAAGAUGUACCCAAACGGUUUACUCUCAGGUGGUGGAGAAGAAGAAUUCGAUCUCGUUGCGCUUGACAAGAGAUUUGAGUUUUUAAAAGCAACUCGAUGGGGAAAAGGGAGAAUCCUUCACCAACCGCUACCACUUCGAAGAGCAAAAAGCGCAGAUUCGGCUCAGCGACAGCGACAACUCCGGGCACUCAGCGCUAAGAGAAAACCUUGGAUUCCA